AUGGGACUUUGUGUUUCUAAGAAGCCACAAAAUCUAAAGUCCUAUAAAGACACAAAAGUAAUUUCCAUAGACUCUCUAAAGAUAAAAAAGCUAAAACGAAAACUGCUUAAGAAAAAGGCUGAAAAAGCUCCGAAAUUAGAACUUGGAAAGAACUUACUAUACCUCAGGCGACAAAAAUCAAAUAUCAGGUCAGAAGAAACUUCUUAUGAUAUCAAUACAAAAGCCUUCACAGAAGAUAAUUCCCCCGUAACAAAAGUUGAGUAUAAUAAUUUACAUUGUUUUUUCUUGAGAUUUUUAAAGCAUGGAAUAUAAAGGUAAAAACAAGGGAAGUCGGUAUAA